AUGAACGGAGCUGUGAACCCUAGCACUACAAAACUGUUUCGUGUGAGAAAGACGGUGUUUAAGAUGCUCUCGAAGCGUGGCUAUGCUAUCAGUGAUAAGGAUCAAAGCAUGACAUUAGACACCUUCGUAAAAGACUAUUGUGACGCAGAGACGAAUCCGGAUCUCCUCAAACUGACGAUUAUCUCUCGUAAAACGGAAGACGAAGAUGAUCGUGUUGUGGUGUUCUUUAUUCGUUCUGUGGAUAAAAAAAUUAACGGGAAAGAUUUUGAAUCGAAAAUUGAAAAGGUCUCAUCGGAAGAGAAUGUAAAGAGAAUUAUUUUGGUGUUUGGUGGUGAACUGACUUCAGAAGCCAAAAAGAAAGCCAAUUCCGCUUCAAAGAAGAAUUUAAUCGUUGAAAGUUUCCAAGAAGACGAAUUGGUUGUGGAUAUCACAGAGCACGAGCUUGUUCCUGAGCACCAGUUGCUCAAGCCCCAGGAAAAGGCGGAUUUGUUGAAGCAAUACGGACUGGAAGAAAGGCAGCUGCCGCGUAUUCAGAAGCUGGAUCCUGUGGCUCGUUACUUUGGAGCUCAAAAGGGAGAAGUGUUUAGAAUUGUCCGCAAGAGCGAGACUGCAGGAAAAUAUGUUACUUACAGAAUUGUGGAUUCUUGA